AUGGCAACACCGGCAACCAGGGACUUGGAGUAUGCAGAUGUCGUUUUGGCUGCAUGUCCGCCCAACGGAUCGGCGCCACAGGCCGAGAUGGAUCGGGGUUGGCGGCCAUGGAAGGUCGUGAUAGGCUCUUACUGUCUAUCGGUGGCCGUUUACGGACUGUUGAGCACCAUCGGUCUCUUUCAGACACACUGGAAAGAAGACAUGCUCAAGGAAUACACAGACAGCGAGAUCUCGUGGAUCAUAUCCAUGUUUGGCUUUCUGGACUGCUUCGUAGCGGCCCCGGCAGGCAUUGUAUUCGACCGAUAUGGUUCAAGGUGGGUCUUGGCGGUCAACAGCAUGGCAUAUCUUGCGUCCUUCGUAGGUCUGGCUUUCUCGUCAACCUAUAGCGAGCUGAUGGGUUGCAUGGUGGUGGCAGGAGUCUCAUCUGGUACGUGGCUCAUCAGAAGCAAGUUUGGGAUCGUGAGCCAUUGGUUCAAAGAGAAGGCCGGCCUCGCCACGGGGUGCGUGACCGUCAGUGCGGCAUUGGGCGGAAUGUUCUUCUCACUUGUGCUCCAGAGUCUGUUUGACCGGCUGCAAUGGAGGGAUGCAGCCUUGAUCUUGACUCUCAUCCUGGCCGUGUUUGUCACGUUGGGCAAUCUGCUCGUUGAGAUCAACCUACCGCCGCAAUCUAAGACGCAGGGAGAGCAAAGGACGGCAGGAGAAACGGAGAUCUCCCGGAAGGCAUGCGGCACAUGGCAGUCGAUACUGGGGAUCAUCCAAAACCCCAAAUUUUGGCUCAUUACUUAUGCCAUAUUCGGUGAACAUUUGUGCGCAGCAUACGAACUUGUCCUCUUCAUCCAAUGGGGGUCGAUCCCCCCUUACGCCGUGGCGACCAACUUUGGGGAGAAGCAGUUCUACCUCAUGAUGUCGUACAACAUUGGCGCUGCAUUUGGGAGAAUCUUGCCACCGUUUGUGUCCGAUAGGUUGCUUGGUCCGCUGAACACAACCAUAGCCAUGAACAUUUUCACAUUGACAGCGGUACUUGCCAUCUGGCUGCCGGCGGGAGCGAGUUCCAUCGACAUGCUCUAUCUGGUGGUUGUUCUUAUGGGCAUCGGCACAGGAAGCUUUGUGCCUCUAGGCGUGGCUUGCAUGGGUGCUCUUUGUAAGCCUCAAGACAUGGGGAAAUGGCUAGGCUUCGCCUAUGCAAUUUCGGGGUUUGCGACUUUGAUAGGGAACCCCGCAACCGGAGCGAUCCUUGACAGACACGGAUCUAAUGGCCUCGUGGCGUUCCUCGCAGCAGUUCUCGCUUCUGGCCUGAUCAGCAUAGGUAUCCUCCGAUGGCAGUGCAAUGGCCGGCGUUGGUUGGUGAUGGGCAAGAUCUGA